AUGGGAAAAGUAGUUUCACCGAAUCUGUCCAAGGUUGAAUCGGAUUCGAUUAGUCGGCAUCGACGAGGCCAAUCUCCUACUACUGACCAUCGACACAAAUCCAUUUCAUCGAUUACUCCAUCAGAUCCAUUGACAGUUACACUACCAGCAGAUGAAUUUACACUACAAAGACAUCUUGGUCUAUCGUCAGGAGUCUGUUUAAUUAUUGGUGUCAUUAUUGGCUCCGGAAUAUUUAUUGCUCCGAAAGGUGUUCUAGAACAUACAGGAUCGGUUGGUCUAUGUUUAAUUAUUUGGGCUUUAUGUGGAAUAUUUGCUUUACUUGGAGCGCUUUGCUAUGCAGAUAUUGGUACCGCCAUACCGAGAAAUGGUGCUGAAGUAGCUUAUUUGAAAGAAGGUAUUGGAUCAGUUCAUCCACUAGCAGGUGAUAUAUCAGCUUAUCUAUACAAUUGGACGAAUACAUUCAUUCUGAAACCAGCAAGUAUUGCUGUUCUUACGACGACUUUUGCUAAAUAUUUUUUGCUUGGGGUCAUGGAUAGUUGUGGUCCUCCAGACGAAUUGAUUCAAAUAACAGCGAUAUUCAUUAUUCUAACACUUGUCAAUAUAAACUCACUUAGUGUAUCAGCAGCAAAUCGUCUUAAUAUCGUUUUUGUCAUUUGUAAAGUAUUGACUGUCAUGACAGUAAUAAUCGUUGGGAUGAUACGAUUGGGACAAGGAAAAACAGAACAUCUUAAAAAUGGCUUCGAAGGUACAACAAAGACGCCGUUAGGUGUUUCUCUUGCAUUCUACUCUGGCCUGUGGGCAUAUGAUGGAUGGAAUAGUCUGAACUCGGUAACGGAAGAACUUAAAAAUCCUAAACGGAAUCUAUGGUUAUCUAUUGUAUUGGCAUUACCAGCUCUUACGAUUAUUUAUGUUUUUACUAAUAUUUCAUAUUUUACGGUAUUAAGCAAACAUGAAUUGCUCGUUUCAGAUGCUGUUGCUCUAUCAUGGGGUGACGUUGUAUUGAAGGGUGGCGUUUCAGUUUUGGUUAUUCUCAUUUCUAUUAGUGCAUUGGGCAGUGCUAAUGGAACUCUGUUUGCAGCGUCUCGAAAUUGUAUGGUUGGUGCUCAAUAUGGAUAUUUGCCAGAAGUAUUUGCAUGCAUUCACUCGAAGAGAUUGACACCACUGCCCAGCAUUGUCUUGCAGGGAUUUAUUGCAAUUAUUUUCAGUUUUGUGAAUGAUAUUGAGUGGUUAAUUGACCUUUUCAGUUUUGCCGCAUGGAUAUUUUAUGGAUUAACAUUUUUCGCCACACUUUGUUGUAAAUCUACCAAAAAAGAUGUAGAACGAGUACUUAGUGUUCCUGUCCCAUUGAUUGUAUUUAUGAUUAUUGUGUCAACCUAUUUGGUUAUUGCACCUGUUAUUAAAGAGCCACAGUAUUCAUAUCUUUUGGUAGCAGCAGUGAUUCUAUUUGGAUUGGUAUUUUAUUAUCCAUUCGUCUAUCUUAAGAAGGAAUUGAAGAUUACAAAACAAGUCAAUGCGUUUUUAACAACAUUCUUCGACUUGCACCGAGCACACAUCAGCAUAUAA